AUUUCUGCAUCAUGUCAUUCGGAAUCAUCAAGUGGUGAAGACUCCUUGUCGCAGAAGGUUCCACCCCUCCGUAUCAAGUUCGCUUCUGGCACAUCUGGCGACAAUGAGUCCUCUAUGGUUUCAUCAUCAGUGUCAGUUGGAAUACCUAGCGGAUACACUAUUCAUUCCAACAACUCUAGUAACUGUAUCAUCAAUAAUAGUAAAGUUGAGAAUAAUGGAGUUGAUGAGGUAGAAGGUAAAGAAAAAUUGGAGAUGAAACCUCGUGUGUCUGUUGACAGUGUGAACCGGAAUGACGGUAAGGAAGUCCCAGUUACAGUUCCCGCAGCUACUACUGACACAGUGUCUUUGAGCACGCCGGAAAAGGACAAGGCUCCAGUUACAGAUCUCCUGAGUGGGUUUGCAACUGAAGACAAUGAUGAUAAGUGUUCAACCCACCAUCCUAAGAUACACAAGUCUCAUGGUCAUAGUACUGCGACAAAUCUUAACUCAGCAUCGGAGUACGACGGUGAGUCGAGUACGGAAAUCUCAACAUCUAUUCCCGUUUCAACUCCCUCUGCAACUUCAACCACUGGUACUAUUAACACUACAGGUAGUGGUGGUGGAGUUAGCAGUACAGGUAAUUUUGGUCGUGUGAAGACGGAAAGUUCACUGGAAACCACCAAUACCAGUCAUCCAGGUAGCGGCAACAGCAAUCGUAGUAACAGUAGUAAUGCUGGCAGCGGUAAUAAGGAGACAGCUAAGGACACUCAUCGACAUCGUAGUGGACGUACACUGCGUUCACAUACAGCUGCUCAGCGUGAAAAAGAAGAAAAGGAGCGUCAUACCGAUGACAAUACGCCAAUUAAAAAGCGUAAGCUGCGUUCAAGAUCAGAUGCUUCAAGUCACGACAGCAAUACCAAUUCCCACAGUCGAAGUGGUGGCGGUGGGGUUAGUGGGACUGGAAAUGCAAACAGUUCACCUGUGACUACUCACUCUGGGUCAACGCCUCCUUCGAAUGUGUUAUCUUCAACAAAUGCUGUUGUGAAUAUGGAAGUUAGUGAAGAUACACUUAUAUUGCCAGUCGUUACUGCCUCUCAGAUUGAUACUUCGUUGGUCGAUGAGGAAAAGAGACCUGUUGUUAUUUCUCAAGCGAUGAUGAGUGACGAAGAGAAUGAUGUGCAUAUGCCUUGUGUUUCUGAAGGGGAACAAAAGUCUAGUAUUUCGUCUACCAACAUGGAGGUGGAUGUAAAGAUUGAGGGAUGUGGUUUGCCGACAUCAGUUAGUACAUUGAGUAUGGAGUUACCAGCUAGUAUGGACGUGGUUCCUCCAACGGUCUCAGUGGCAUCGUCGUCGACAACCGCAGUGUCAGUUGAAAAGUUAGGACGUCGUGGAGAAGCAGAAUUGGACGUUGACUAUUUGCUAUGCCCUGCUGGUCCUGGAGAUGAGGAUAGAAAAAACAUAGAGUUGCUUAAAUUCCAAAAUCCCUAUGCGAAAGCUGCUGAGCUGAAUAAGAGUUUACGUGAACUUGUGAAUAAUCUCGUAAAGGUUCAUCCGAAAGCGCCUUGUGGUUAUCAAGACUACCUGUUGGUUACUCGUAAUUACCUGUUGGCCAACCAACCGUCACUGGCUACUUAUGUGAAGCGUGUACCGCCGCCUAACUUGGAACCAGCCUUUGUUGAAUUAUUCAAUGAACAAGAAGAGGAACGCUAUGCUCAAGCAUUGAAGCAUCAGUCAGAAAGAGAACACUUACAACUUGGAGCAGACAAGCUGUUUUACGUGCUCAAACGCGUGGUGCCUUAGCAGUUGCCAACCAAGCGAAACCGUAUUCAUUUUGCUCAAUAUUAUCUUACAAUGAUCUAACAUACAUCCCACCUGUUGGGAAAGUAGACAAUCGGGAAGAAGAAAGUAUCCGUGAUCGUUUCACUCCUCGUACUUUUAUCGGUUGGCUUCAGGAUAUAAUAGAUACCUUUCAAAAUGAAAAGAAAAAGCAACUGUGUCGACAACUUCAUGAAGCGGAGUCGUUGAUGAUGGUGCAGAAGAUGGACUGGGAGAUGAAGGCUCGUGAAACACUAGCCAACGUGGACUGUAUUGGUGUAGACAUAUUCAAGGAUAUACCAGCUAGUUGUGUGCCACUAAUCCCAGUUCCGAAUGAUUUCCCAUUAUUCGCUCAUGACCCAGUGCAUCGGACAACUUCAAUGACAGUGUCGACGACGAGUACUGGUAAUCCGACUGGGAGCACCAGCAAUAAUGGUGUUGAUACUAAUACUCCCAAUACAACUACCCCUACCGCAACUACUCCUCCUAAUUGUGUUACCACCAACACCAACAAUUCGCAGACUGAACAACAUUGAUGUCAUGAUAGUCAAUUGAUGGAAGUGUGCAAUUCUUUUAAUUCUGUGAUGUCCAUUUAUUUAUUCAUGAUGCAUUGCUUUUUCUUCGGUGGAUUAUGUUAGAAGAGCUGCAGUGACAGCUGAAUUGUACGUGUGUGGCUGAAUGAAUAACUUGUGAAUUUAUAUGAACUCAUCCCUGUAAAGCUUAUUCAUCUGUAUUUGUUACCAUUAUAUGAUCAGUUAGAUGUGUACCAUACUAUUCCUAUGUAUGCUUUUCAUGUAUAUUUGAUCUCUGUGUAUGUAUGUGUGUGUGUACGUGAAGCUAGAUAAUAUUGACUUUGAAAUGUAUUCAGUUGCUUGUC